GUAGCCCCCCACCAUAAGAGGUAAUCCGUAGCAGAAGCUGUACUAUCUGGAUCUCAUCAAACCCACCCACUCCUGUCAUCAUCAGCAUCAUCAUAACAUACACAUCUGACACAGAUACUUCACUUUCCACUGGCAUCCACCUCUCAACCCUUUCCCAUUUCAUCAUUCAAUUUGUCCCAAACACUAACAAGUAACAAUCUUAGCCUUAUUUUCCUCAUACAAGAAACUACACAACAUAAAUCAACACAAACACAACACAGCCAAAGCUAAAGUAUACUCUUCUAGACACCCUCUUGGGUUCUGUGAUUUUUUGCCAUGGAAAUGGAAGCUUUUACCCAUUUUCAAGUGAGCUCAGGGGUAAUUGGAAGUGGGUAUGCUUCAUCUUCGUCUCUGGUUUUGGAUAGGGACAAGGGAGAGCUCGUUGAGGCCCCUAUGCAAUUGGAACGAAAGGGUGUGUCCCCUGAGAGAAGUAUUGAAGCUUUGAGGAACCAUAGUGAAGCAGAGCGAAGGAGGAGAGCAAGAAUUAAUGCACAUCUUGAUACCCUUCGCACUGUGAUUCCAGGUGCUAACAAGAUGGACAAGGCCUCCUUGCUGGCUGAGGUAAUUACACAUUUGAAAGAGCUGAAAACAAAUGCAGCACAAGCUAGUGAAGGCUUAAUGAUACCGAAGGACAAUGAUGAAAUAAGAGUUGAAGAACAAGAAGGUGGAUUGAAUGGUUUCCCUUAUUCAAUUCGGGCAUCGCUAUGUUGCGAAUAUAAGCCUGGGUUAUUGUCUGAUAUAAGACAAGCACUUGAUGCACUUCAUCUUAUGAUAAUGAGGGCAGAGAUUGCAACCUUGGGAGGCAGGAUGAAGAAUGUCUUUGUGAUAAUUAGCUGCAAAGAACAGAACUUCGAAGAUGCCGAGUACCGGCAGUUUCUAGCUGGCUCUGUACAUCAAGCUCUUAGAUCUGUGCUUGAUAGAUUUUCUGUUUCACAAGAUAUUUUAGAAAGCAGAAAGAGAAGGAGGAUUUCUAUAUUCAGUUCUACAUCUUUAGAAGAUUUCUUGUGAAAACAUUUAAAUCUCCAUAUGAAUAACAUAUAUCUGACUAUGAUAAGGGAUUGGGAGCUAACUGGAAAUUUCAAUGGCCAUGUAAACUAGACUAGAUAUACUGCAGUGUUGUCAUUCCAUUCUUCUAAUGGAUUUGUAAUUUCUGAAGACGAAUCAUGUGAAUCUGGGUUGUAAAUGUAUUGGGGAACUUUCAGUAAUAUGGACUGAUGACUGAUUGCUGCAUCUUUUAUCUUUUGACCAAAAUACAAUAUGAACUCUUUGGAUGAUGUUGUGACUUGUUCAGAGAAAAGUUUCUGCUGUCAUGAAUUCUUUUUCCCUUUGUAAUAAGAGCUGAAGUUUUUUCUCCUUA